GAUACUUCCUAGUUGAGGGGAGCCUUUAGUUUCUCGCAGUGGUUUAAUUGCGACUGGUCAUUUCAUUACCAUGAGGGGAUUAUUAAUUUAUACAUUCCAUCGUAUACCAGCAUUCGUGAUUUUUUUUGGCAAAUUGAGGAGUUCGGAUGCGAUUUGUAAUCAAAGUCAAAUCCCAUCAUAAUUGAUAGACAAAUAUAAGUUUAAUUUAAUCAUUAAUGUAAAAGAAAUAAAUCAUAUGACCUAUAACAAGUUGAAAAGAGAAGUGAUAGUUGUGUAGAUACUUUGAUAACACGGAAAUUUGUGGUAAAUUAUAAUUUAUGUAUUAAGUAGUCAUUCAAACUAAGUGUGGAGACUUUUUCAUCAAAAGCUUUUUACAGAUGUUUGUAUGAAAGGGAAUAUAAACAGAAAACUUUCGACGUGAUGGAAAAUCAAUUUCAGUCAACAUAACAUCAUAUGGUUAUCACUUGAUCGUCAAAAUUGAUAGGCAAAUAACAUAACGAUAAAAAGUUAAUUUGUAACGGAGUUAUUUUUGUUGGAUUUACUCAAGCAAGGUCCAGUCAUCAAAGACGAUUUGAAAGAUGGCGCUAAAUUUGACAACAAUUAACAUGACAGAUCGAACAGACUUAGGAACCUUAUGUGCAAACUGUACCACCUCUAAGGAUCUGUCUAUUCUCACCCCUACCCUUAUGAUGACAACAGGAAUUGUGGGAAAUAUACUAGCACUUGUUGUCUUAUACACGUCAUCUAAUGAAGCUAAGAAGACAGUGUUUUAUACUCUUUUGGCAGGACUAGCAUGUACUGAUUUGCUUGGCAUAUGUUUAACUAGUCCGAUAGCAAUCUUAGUAUAUGCUAAUAAUUUAAAAUGGGUAGGAGGCAAGCCAUUAUGCUUCUACCAUGCUUUUGUGAUGAUAUUUUUCGGAGUUGUGACACCAUUGUUAGUUUGUACCAUGUCCUUAGAACGUGUACUGGCUUUGCGAUUCACAUAUUUCUACAAAAGAACAGUGACAAAGAAGAAAGCUGCAUUCGUGGUUGGUGGACUGUGGUUGUUUGUUAUUUGUUUUUGUUCGUUGCCAUUGUUAGGCUUCGGGAGUUACGAGAAACAAUUUCCAGGAUCUUGGUGUUUUCUGAAUUACCACAGGGAGAGUAAUACCGAUAUUGGAUAUGCUUACACUUUUGCAAUUUUUAAUAUUCUUGUGAUUAUUGUAAACCUGUGUUGUAAUAUUGUUGUGGUAGUGACUCUGCUUCAAAUGAGACAAAAAAGACUAGUACAAAAUUCGCCAUCCAUUGACAGACGACACGGAGCCAGACGAUCUAAAACUUCCAUUAAAAGAGAGAUAGAAAGAAGCUUGGUGAUCUUCCUGUGUGCUAUAACACUCGUGUUUACUGUCUGUUGGCUUCCUAUUAAUAUCAACGUUUUAGUAAACCAGAUAGUCCCGCGAAGAAAUAACGCCAUUGACUUGCUUGGUGUGCUGAUGGCAGGUAUAAAUCAGAUUUUGGAUCCUUGGUUAUAUAUUCUGCUCCGACAUUCAAGUUUAAUAAAAAUUUCAAAACAUAUAAAACGAUUUCUGUGCAAAGAAAAUAUCAAGGAACAAAUUCCACCAUACGUUAUUAGCAAGAAAAAUGACUGUAAUACGUCACAAUUUGAUGCCUCUUUAGAAAUCCGAGUCGUUUGUGAUCAUCCUGUCAAUGACAAUGUUAGUGAAAGCGAUGACAGUAUGACAAGUACAUCAAAAUUAAUUCAGGAUAAUCUUGAACCUCAUCCACCGUUUUUGAGAUCAUUAUCCGUAGGUAAUGAAACUCCUGAAGAAACUCAUAAUGAACAACAUUCCAACGUUAAAGAAGUAAGUGAUCGUAAUAUGAAUGGCAUCAUUCAAUCAGAUAUAUGUCAAAAUGGAAAGAAUAUUCAGUUGAGGAGGAUGAAGCGAUUAAACAGUUCCCCAGCCGUCUUCUCUCAGACGUUUUUAUGAAUCAGUCUUGUAGGCAGCACUUGACAAUCUACUUCUCAUAUGAAUCAAUCAAAAUAAAAUUAUGUUAUGUUUUCA